GGAGCGGAGGCGGGGCGUAGGGCGGGGUCACGUGGGGCGGCGCGCAGGGCUGCCGGGAGCUGACAGGGCGGCGGGCCGUGGGGCCGGCGCCCACCUGGAGGGAUGGGGUUGCCGGUCGCGUAGGGGCCAUGCCGCCCGGAUCCCGGGCCUCCCGCGUUCCGCGCCCCGGCCGCCGCGCCCCACGUCCGCGCCGGGAUGGUGAACCUGGCGGCCAUGGUGUGGCGCCGGCUUCUGCGGAAGAGGUGGGUGCUCGCCCUGGUCUUCGGGCUGUCGCUCGUCUACUUCCUCAGCAGCACCUUCAAGCAGGAGGAGAGGGCAGUGAGAGAUAGGAAUCUCCUCCAGGUUCAAGACCAUGAUCAGCCCAUCCUGUGGAAAGUGCAGUUUAACUUGGGCAACAGCAGUCGUCCGAGCAAUCAGUGCCGGAACUCCAUUCAAGGGAAGCACCUCAUCACAGAUGAACUUGGCUACGUUUGCGAGAGGAAGGAUUUGCUGGUGAACGGCUGCUGUAACGUGAACGUCCCCAGCACAAAGCAGUACUGCUGUGAUGGCUGCUGGCCCAACGGCUGCUGCAGUGCUUACGAGUACUGUGUCUCCUGCUGCCUGCAGCCCAACAAGCAACUUCUCCUGGAGCGCUUCCUCAACCGGGCAGCUGUGGCAUUCCAGAACCUCUUCAUGGCAGUCGAAGAUCACUUUGAGUUGUGCCUGGCCAAAUGCAGGACCUCAUCCCAGAGCGUGCAGCAUGAGAACACCUACCGGGAUCCUAUAGCAAAGUAUUGCUAUGGAGAAAGCCCGCCCGAGCUCUUCCCUGCAUGACGGGUGCAGCGGACUUGGUCCAGCCCGGGUGAGGAGGCCCCGCUGAAGAACUCGCCUCCUGGGGCCCAGCUUUGGCAGUUGGGACCAGGCUGUGGGAAGAAGACAAAGGCAGGGCAAGGAAACCUUGGCUUUGACCACAUCUCGUGUUGUCAUCCUUGGCUUUGCUUACCACCGGGCUUACCAGAUGGAACUCUUCUGCAUAGCGGCUUGGACCCUCCAGCCCGUCCCGUUCGGGAAAGAUGAAACCACAGGCUGGGCUCGUGGUGGUGUCGAAGUUCUUGGGUGACUCAGCCCUGGGACCUGCACAGGGACCUGUGACUUGUGUUCGUCAAGGGCCGGUGUCACCUCCAGUUUCGAUCCAGGCCCUUUCACUGUAAAAUUAUUUAUUGGAUUCCUUUGGAGCAAUGGGAAAAUUCUAAUGUUUUAUGUAGGAAGAUGCCUUGCCAUUCUAGUGGAAUAUGUUCAAGGAAAUUAUUUUUGUUGUUGGUCUAUGUUCUCAGCUUUCAGGAUUUAAAUCAUUCUUUCACCCAGAUAAAGCAUUUUGUCUUUUAGGACAUGGGUGUUUUCUCUAGGCAGUUAUUUUUGUUUGUAUUUUGACAGUAUCAAGCAUAGGCCCUGAACAUGACCUGUUAGCCAUAUCCUAAUGUCUAAAAUUAUCUGAAAACUCACUCUUCCUUUCUAAUCUAACUGCAGGAUUUCUAGCAGUGGGUACUGUGUGCCUGCCCUCAGGUUCUUUUCUAGUGGCAGUUGAAUGUGCUCAUAUACCCUAUGGAGAGCACUGUUUUAGCAGAAAUCUAAUUUCUUAUCCUGGAGGAAUUUGUUCUCAUUUCUUUUGCCAUUUAAAAUUAACUGUGGGCUGCUCAGGGGGAGCCUCAGGAGGGUCAGAGGCUCCUCCUCCCGUUCUGUCAAUAGACACCUAGUGUUGAGGCAAUCCCUAAACAGACUCACCUCGCAGGUGUGUGUUUAUUCUUUAUUGCUUUCAGCUUCGGGGUGUAACAGGUACAAAUGUUUGGUUUCCCUAUGAUCUGUAAAGAAGAAGAAACUCAACUUCCUAUCAGAGCACUGCAAGAGAAGAGCACAGCCCUCAGUGGGAGAUGAGGGUCAUUCUGACUUAGAGAAUGCCGCACAUGUGGGUUGCUGGUGCGUCCUGAAUACACCGGCGUAAAGCACACCCCAUUUUUCCUACUGUAACACAGAUUCUCCAGCUCAAGGUCUAGAAUAUUUGAUCCUAAGAUCAAGACAUCAUGCUCUUUGAAUAGUACUGCUCUUUGACUUCAGGAGGCAUAUUAACAUACAACUCUCCUAUAUUCCUUCACAAACCUCAGGAUUGAGCAAGGGCUUUGUAAUGUUUUUUGGUUCAAAUUAUUGACCUGGGAGCAAGGUGCUAAUUCUAUGGCCAGUAUUCAACGUUUUCCUCAGUGGAGCUUUUGCUUUGGGCCGUAUUCGCCAUCCAGUACGUUUCUGCAAUAUGUAGUGGUGGUUUUCCUUAACUUCCUCCUACUACCUCUUAUACUCAUCUCCCAAAAUUAUUUGCCUCCUUUAAAUAGGUUUUCUUAGAGGGUACGCUGGUCAGGCAGUUUUUAAAAUAUUAGAUCCCAAGAAAUCUAUUCCAUUUGCAUUGGACUUUUCAGAGUCCAGCAGGACUAAAUCAAACUCUGACGUGACAGGAUUGUGGCUUGUCUACAUAUUUCAUCCAUCCAGAAAAAAACUGAGUUUUUUCUGGUAACUCAGUUUGGAAUUUCAGUGUCUGUCUUCCCUUGGUUGACAUUGGUAUCACCCUCUCCUUUGAGCUUAUUUUAACUCUUGAGCAACAUCAUGUAGAUUUCAUAUGAACAGUUUAUACUAAAGGGCAGCCUGUGCCUAUUUACAGAUCCUCCCUGACUUUGUACUUGAAGAGUGCAUUUUACAUUUCCAGCGCUUUCACAAACAGGAACUCCAACCUUACGAUGGAGAAUUAAGCUUUCUUGUAUUUCCACUUUGUGGAUGACGAAAUAGUGAGAGGUAAAGUGACUUCCCGGGUCUCCACUGAGAUUUAGUGACAGAUCCCAAACAAGAACUUCGUCUCUGACUCUAGGUCCAGUCCUCUUCCCACUGUCUCUUGCCAGCUCCGUCCUGACUCACCAUGGGCAUCUCCCCUGGGAGCAGAUAUGUUUCAAUUGUCCAGGCCAAAAGAGGGAUGAGGUGGUAUAAACACCCAAAUUAGGGGGAGGAUCCAAAGGUCAUUUUCAUCUGGCUGUGGAAUAUGUUUUUGUACUUCAGUCAGCUACGGGUAUGUUCACUGUUUUUGGAAAUUCACAGCGCUUGAGCCUCUGUAAUGAAGCCGGGCUGCAGAGCACCUGGCACGUGCUCCAGGCUCGCUGCUCCCAGCCUAGGACCCUUCCCUGCCCUCCACUCUGGUUUGUUUCUGAUUCCCUCGACCGAGGGUUUCUAGAAUCAGGGACCUUGUCUAAGUUUUGUUUGCCCAGAGCCCAACAAAGUGUGAAAUAACACGUUGGGAGUUUAGAAGAUCACAAAAGGGAUGAAAACACCUUUAGAAAAAAAUGUUAUUGACCUGGUGCAGUGGCUCACGCCUGUAAUCCCAGCACUUUGGGAGGCUGAGGCGGGCGGAUCACCUGAAGGUAGGAGUUCAAGACCAGCCUGACCAAUAUGGUGAAACCCCGUCUCUACUAAAAAUACAAAAACUAGCCGGGUGUGGGGGUGUGCGCCUGUAGUUGGGAGACUCCGUCUCAAAAAAAGGAAAAAAAAAAAAAAGAAAAAUGUUAUUAAUAAGUGAGUAUUUUAGGCUGAAGGGAAUUGAGUCAUACAGCACAUCUCCCCCAGCUCUGCAUCUUAUUUGCUGUGCUUCUUGCUGGAGUUGUAAAGAUUGGUCCUAAUGGAAAGAAACACACAAGAGACUGUGAAGAGG